AUCUCCACCCUUUAAUACAUGCCCCGUUCCUUUUCCAUUGCGAUUUGCGGGUCUCCCUAUUUGCCGUCUUCGCCUCUCUCCCUCUCCCUGCUUCUCCUUCUCUCUCGCUCUUCUGCUAAACGCAUCCCAGUGUAGAGACAAUAAUACGACCGCAUAUAUUUUCCGGGAGAAACAAUCGGGGGUACGAAGCCUAGGGAUGGAUUCAGAUCAAGGGAAGCUGUUCAUUGGUGGCAUAUCUUGGGAGACGGAUGAAGAGAAGCUGAAGGACCACUUUCAGAGCUUCGGAGAGGUUUUGCAGACUGUGGUGAUGAGAGAUAAGAUUACUGGGAAACCCAGAGGCUUUGGAUUCGUUGUAUUCGCAGAUCCGAACAUUCUUGAUGCCGUUCUCCAGGAAACCCAUACCAUCGAUGGUCGUACGGUUGAGGCCAAAAGGGCCAUAUCAAAAGAGGAACAGGGCUCCAGAACUGGAAAUCCCAAUGGUGGCAGAAGUUAUGGUGGUGGUGGCAGCAGCAGCAACAAGACUAAGAAAAUAUUUGUUGGAGGAUUGCCCCCUGCUCUGACCGAGGAUGGCUUUCGUGGUUAUUUUGAAGCCUAUGGCAAUGUAACUGAUGUUGUCAUAAUGUAUGAUCAGCAGACCAACCGACCACGCGGAUUUGGUUUUAUUUCAUUCGAUUCGGAGGAUGCAGUGGACCAGGUUUUACACAAGACCUUUCAUGAUUUGAAUGGUAAGCAAGUAGAAGUAAAACGUGCACUUCCUAAAGAUUUUAGCUCUGGCUCUGGCUCUGGAUCUGGCUCUGGCUCCGGAUCUGGUUCUGGUGGUGCCCGCUCAAUGGGAGGCAAUGGUGGUGGUUAUCAGGGCUAUGGAGGAGGUGGUGGUAACAAUCCAAAUUCGUAUGACAGUCAUAUGGAUUCAAAGUACGCGCAGCAACAAAACACUGUAUCAGGGUAUUCACCCUAUGCUUCAUCUGGAUAUCCCUCUGCUGGUUACGGGUAUGGACCGUCCAACAGUGCGAUGGGCGGAUAUGUUGGUUAUGGAAGUUAUGGUGGCGGAGCCACUCCUGGCUAUGGUGGACCUGCAGCUUCUGUGUAUGGAAAUCAAAAUGUUCCUGGCGGCGGCUAUGGAAGUGGUUCAACAGAUGGACAAAGAAGCUCAUGGAACCCUCAGGGUCCUGCUUAUGGUGGAAAUAUGGGCUAUGGAGGUGUGGGAGGUGGAGGAAAUACAGGCCAUUCUCCAGCUGAAGCAGCAGGUUAUGGGAAUCAGGGUUAUGGUUAUGGUGGGUAUGAUGGAUCUUAUGGAAAUCAAGCUUCUUAUGGGGCGGUGGGCCGUACUGCUGGCGGUCCACAAAGUAGCAAUUCCUCUGCUGGCGGUGGUGGAGAGAUGCAAUCUGGUGGGUACGGGGUAUAUGGUGAUGCCAGUGGGAAUUAUGCGUCACAACCUUCUGGAAAUUAUGGAACAAAUGGAAACCAAGCUGGUUAUGGAGGUGGUUAUGGGGGUGGCCCAGCUCGGCAAACCCAACAACAGUGAUGAGAAGUUAUUUUGCUUUCUGUGGAAUUCAGUCUUUUCAUAACGGGUCUUGUGUUUCAUGAGCUGAGAGAGGGGUGACUGUUUCAAUACAUCAUACCUGCUUAAUUGGACUGGGGAAGAAGCUCUCAAGUAAGGAGGGUGGUGAGAAGGUUAGGUGGAGUUUGGAAUGCAAUCAAUAUCUUGAAACUGGAACUGGUGAUUUGGGCCAAGCUGCUGUUGUUGAGCUCAUUCUACUCACAGCCAACAAUGGUAUGUUUUGGGCACAUCAGCACAUGCGGUUGUCUCGUUAAUUCAAUUAGGUACCUUAGAAUUUUAACUAAUAUAAUUCAAUACCUCAUAGAGAGGAUUACUGGAAAUGGUUGAUGAUGUACCCAUUCAUGGUUGAUGGUACCAAAAAAAUUUGCUUCAACUCAGCAGUUCAUUGCAGUUGAAUGAAUAGUGUACUUAGCUGGAUUAGAGAAAGAUUUUUAUGAAUUUUCUUGUAGGGUCA